CCUAGCAGAAAAGCAGAAGCAGUUCGUUGGUUAUUCCGCUGCAGUGAAGAACUGCUUGUCGGUAGACCUGAGUUUGUAUAGUCGUGGAAUGUUAUAAUCUUAUUAUAACAGCCAUUGAUUUGUAUUUCUGCUCAAGUGUGGUGCAUUUGUAUAAUGCGAAGAUGGAUUUCAAAAACGUAGUAUUCAACGCCGCACGUGAUGGGAAGAUUCGUCGUCUAAAGGUAUUCCUGGACCACCGCAACAGAGAAGAGAUUCUGAUGCUGGUAGGUGAGAAGACCAACGGUGCCACUCCGCUGGUCAUGGCCUGCCGCAACGGACACUACGAGGUGGUCGAGUACCUGGUGGAACACUGCAACGCAGACAUCGAGCAAGUCGGAUCAGUGGUUUUUGACGGGGAGACGAUAGAAGGAGCACCACCACUGUGGUGUGCCGCGGCCGCCGGACACUUGCCUAUUGUCAAGUUCCUGGUGAAGCGUGGCGCUUGUGUUAACUCCACCACUAGAACCAACUCCACACCACUCCGUGCCGCCUGCUUCGACGGCCACUUCGACAUUGUCAAGUUUCUCAUUGAGGAAGGGGCAGAUAUCGAGGUGUCCAACAGACACGGCCACACGUGUCUGAUGAUCGCCUGCUACAAAGGCCACUACCGGAUCGCACAGUACCUGUUAACUCUGGGAGCCAAUGUGAACCGCAAGAGUGUCAAAGGCAACACAGCUCUACACGAUUGUGCAGAGAGUGGUUCCCUCGACAUCCUCAAGCUGGUUAUAAAACAAGGCGCCAAGAUGGACGUUGACUCCUAUGGCAUGACCCCUCUCCUAGCCGCCAGUGUGACUGGACACAACCACAUAGUGGAGUAUCUGAUACAACAGGAGUGCCUGGUGUCUAGGGCGGAGCGCAUAGAGGCCCUGGAGCUACUAGGGGCCACCUAUGUGGACAAGAAGAGGGAUAUGAUAGGAGCUCUGGAACUUUGGAAGCGAGCCAUGGCCUUGAGGUUCGAAGAGGGUCAGAUCCCCAUAGUGAAGCCUGUACAACCCAUCACCAUAGAAGCAUACGAGCACACGAGGGAGGUCCGGACCCCGGAAGACCUGGAAGACCUACUGGCAGACCCGGAUGAGAUGAGGAUGCAGGCGCUGCUUAUCCGGGAGAGGAUAUUGGGCCCCGCACACCCUGACACCAGCUACUACAUCCGUUACAGAGGAGCCGUGUACGCUGAUGCUGGCAAGUUUGUACGUUGUGUCGCGCUGUGGUCGUACGCUCUAGAGAUGCAGCAGACCAUGCUCGAGCCCCUCAACCCCAUGACACAAUCCUCCCUCUUCUCCUUCACCGAACUCUUCUCCUUCAUGAUGGAUAAGGAAGGUAACAUCAAUUGUAGCAGAGCUAACUCGCGAGGGCGCCGCGUGCCGUCAGUAGCGUUCGCAGACAUUGUGAGUGUGUUGGAGCGUGCGGUGGCGGAGGUGCGGGCAGGUGCUGAGGUGCUGCAGGUGUGUCAAGACAGAGACCCGGCACAUCUACACAGAGUGUUGGUCAUAGCUCUACACCUGGGCUGUCUGCUGGCACGUAUACUGCACACGCUCACCGACAAGCAGAGACACCUGGCACAUCAGACGCUGUACUCGCUGGUAUCCCUGGGCGUGAGAGGUAGACUAGGACAGACUGUGCUACACCUGGCGUGUUCCUCCAUAUCUACACUGGUCGGCCGCUACCAGGCGUGUCGCUUCCCCUCGCCCGAGCUGGUGGAGAUGUUGGUGGAGGUAGGGGCGGACGUCAACGCUAGAGACGAUCUCGGUAACACCCCACUACACCUGGCAGCCGCCAACGACCCCCUCGUCCCCUCUGUGGCCAAAGCGUUAUUGAGCCAUGGAGCACACCUAGACGCUCGUGAUGGCCAAGGUCGUACGUUAGCAGAUAUACUCCAUCUCAGCGGCAAACCCCUGCAUCUCCUGGUCAACCCCCUCCACUACACCAAGCUCAGCUGUCUGGCCGCCAGAGUCGUCAGAGACAACGACAUCCAUUUCCAAUCACAUGUUCCAAUGACUCUGCACGCCUUCGUCAUGCAGCAUUAAUCUCCACUCAACCUCUACCACCCGAAUUAAAGACUCAGCUCACGAUACGCUUUACGGAUCCUUCGUAUAGUAUUGCGGUUUUGUGCAGUAUUAUAUUUUUAUUUAGAGGGAAAUCUAGUCCUUAUUUAUUGAAGGAAAGGCUGCAGAACUUGUUGUCAGGGUUGUGCGAGAGCUCGAUCAUCGUUCAUUGAGAAUGUUAAUUUUAGGUAAAUUUAUUGUUUAUUGUGAUAAAUCAACUUGUACAGAUGUAAUGUAAUUUGCAAUAAAAUGAUUUAAAUUAUA